UUUUCCUUCUCAGCCCAUCAGGACCCUUGUGUGCAGCACCAGGCCUGUACAGGACAUGAUGUUGGCGUUUGUUUACUGCGUCUCCUGCUUUCUUGUGUACAUGCAUUUCCUCCUUGACAUUUAUAAAGGUGUAUGUCUAUGAGAUCCGCAACCUUUUCUUUUCUCUCGAACAUCCUCGUGUGAGAUUGUAUGAAUGUUUUCCCCCCUUUUAUUGAGAAAGUGGCAAAAAGACGAGAGGAAAAUGUUAUUAUUGGCAAAGUGUUUUUUUUGUGCUAUCUGACACGGAAGGAAAUAUAUUUUUUCUGUUAAUUUAAGAAUUUAAGAUCAUUGAGUUGCUGAAAUUGUGUCAUUUAAUUGACCUCUCCGGGCUCGUUUCUGCAGUUUGGCAUCAUGGAUUGAGGUUCUGAAAGGACGUGUUUUGUUUAUUUUUGUUUGUAUAUAUAUAUAUGUGUGUGUGUGUGUGUAUGGACAAGCAAAGUGAUGAGUAUAUUAUAAAUAUAUAUAAAUAUUUGAAGAGAUAUGACAACAUCUUGUGGUUUGUGUCUAUUUGUGUGGUGCUUUCAGGGGCACAAGAAACCAAGGUGAAACUGCAAAAAUGACUUAGAUCAGAAGCACGACAAGGAGGAAAAAUUGAUUAUGAUUCAAAUUGAUGGAAUCGAGCUAUUUAAUCUGGAUGCAAAUUCCCCCAAAGAGCAGUGCUGUUAUGGAUGAGGCCCGGCAGUUACUAUGGGGGGAACCCGGUGAUGUCAAAGCUGAUGUAAAAAAUGAAAUGGGGAAGCCUGCAGAUCUCCGGUGCCUUCUGCAGCAAUAAAGAAAAAUUAGAAAAAACAGCGGACGCUUAUUCGACUAAUGGGCUGUCUCGGUGCGUUUAGGGCCAGUUCGUACAGCAGAAACGCAUCCGGGCUUGUUGCUGCUGCAGCUACGGGUCCUCUGAUCGAGUGCUCCCUGCCCUACAGCCUGUAUCUCAUCGUCAUACAGAGGUUUCCCCCCCUGCUGCAUGCGUAACAUCUCUCCAAGUCCAGCCGUGGUGCUCACCAAGACCUCACCGCUUGGCUCUCAUCUUCCUACACGGAAUACGCACGACUCGCAUUGAGCGAACCGCUGAGGCGAAAUUAAAACGCCAGGAUUUACCUCCUCGGGUUCAGUCCAGACCGAAACGAGGCUGGGAUUUCCUCUUAUCAUUUGAUAUUUGACAGAUCCUCUUUUUUUUUUUUGUGUGUGUGUGUGUGUUGGGUGGAGUCAACCCGGAAUUCUCCAAAUUGGAAAACCAUUGGCACAUUUCAGGAGCACCAUGAAGGACGGUAUCGCCAACAACAGCACGGCCAGCAUCUCCCAAGCCAGGAAAGCUGUGGAGCAGCUGAAGAUGGAGGCCUGCAUGGAUAGGAUAAAGGUCUCCAAAGCGGCUGCAGACCUGAUGGCGUACUGCGACGCCCACAUACGCGAGGACCCCCUCAUCAUGCCCGUCCCCGCCUCCGAGAACCCUUUCCGGGAGAAGAAGUUCUUCUGCAGCAUCCUCUGAUGACCUGCCGGUCGAGCUGUAUGGGUGCAGGCAUGGCGUUGCCUGUCUUCUCUGUCUUCACCACACCUGAAGCUACUGGCCAUAGGCGUUGAGUUGAGUUUUGCCAGGUGGACACUCUGUUGUUGGUCAGCUCUGUCCUGGUGGCUGAAGGUUUUGGGGGAGUCAACUACCAAACUGGCGACCCAAUGAGCGUAUCAUGUCUUGUUAAAUAGGUUUGUUAUUGCUUUGUUAUUAGAGAACAGCCUUGCUCAGUGCUUAAUGAGAUGAGAGAUGUUUUUUUUCUUUAAUUGUGCUAGAUCUUAACAUGCCUCAGGAAACAGAAAUUUGCCCAGUGUCUCUGACUUUUUUUAAAUAUUUAUUUCCCUUCCCUUUACCUGAAUAAAAAAGCAUUCAUCUUUUUGUUAUCUUGAACAUAACGAGUUAGUUUUUAUUGCUUUCAGUGCACAGGUUUGACUAUUCGUAGCAAAACAUUACUGAAAGUACUGCUGAAAUUUGACACUUUCCUCACUAGUGGUUUCUCUUUCAAUUUGCCUCGAGACACAAAUAAUUAAUCUGCUAGUUGUAGUGCCGCAGUACAGUCAGAUUCAGAUUAGAGCCCAGAAACAGAAACCUUAUCUUGCUUAGUAAAUGAUUUGUUUGUGCCAACUGCUCUGGUAAUACGGAGGUGGCUGCACAUCAGUUCUGCUGCAAAUAAAUAAAUAGACCCUGUGUUUAUUGGAAGAUGCAGAGCUAAUGUUUCAACAGCGAGAUGAGUUCCUCAGGGCUAUCAGUGUGCAAACAACCCUUAGGUCAAGAAUUAUUUAUGAAUCUGCCACCUCCUUCUCAGGCCCACUCUAAUGCAUUCUUCCCUUGCUGCUCCUUUAAUUUACUCAUCAUAUACUUCAUCCACGUCAAAUCAGAGACACUAUCGGUUAAUCCUGCAGCCCCUGACUGGAAUAUUUGUACAAGUUGCAGGAGACAUCUUUUCCCCUUGUUUCCUUAACGGUCUCAUUUGUUUUCUGGGCAUGUUUCUUGAGCCUGAUUCUUUUUGCCUGUCCUAGAGUGAAUGGCAAGGCCUUUGACAUUAAUGCCAAACCAGAGGCCUGCAUGUUCCUCCGCUCCUUUUUGGCAGCCUCCUCUGUUUCCGAGGGGCUGUCAGUCUUUUAGAGUGUACAGUAUGUUACAGUGCCAAUUUCUGUGAGAGCAGUGUGAUCUUCACACUGUGCUCCCACAGCCUUUUUUCCCCCCGUUUUUGUUUGUUUUCGGAAGAAAAGGCACACUGUCGAAACAUUUCCUUUACAUGGUAGUUGAAUAGCAUUUGCUAAUUUUUACGAUGAAUUGUUAUGAUCGUUAUUAAUAUUGUUAUUAUCGGUAGUAUUAUUGAAUAUUUGUUGCACAGCACUGACAGCUACAUGACGUGUAGUGCUACUAAGCUUGUAUGAUACUUAGGAGAAAAAACAUUUAUAAAUCAUGCAAUUAUUGAUACUAUCUGACUAUUUUUUAAGAAUAACGGUUAAGGGUCGGUUUACAUAAUAUAAUAUGAUCCCUUCGGUGGUUGAGGCUUUUUGCAUUAUCGUUUCUGUAAAAUUAAAAUAAAUUUCCUCUUGGUACUUGGUAAGAGCCAUCGCAUUAGGAAUCAAACUGAAACUGGACUGUCACAAACUAUCGGACUCAAAUUGUUUUCAGGAUAAUUAUUGUCUUUAUUUCCUAAAUCAAAAACACCUGAGACUGACCUCAGGGCGCUCCCACUGACCUCAUCUUAAGGAUGGUGCCAAAUCUGAAACAAGAAAUAUAACGGUUAGAGAUGAAUAUUGCAUGGAUUUAUUUCUAUCUUUAACAGAGAGAACUAUUAUGAUAUGAAAUAUUGCCUCUUCGUUGACUUUCUGGGUGCUACUUUGCACAUAAUAAUCUCCUUGGAGUACGGAUAUGUCGACAAUGUGCAGCUGUAUUCAUGAAUGGUAUUAUCGUUUUGGUAAAAAAAAAAUAGCAUUUAAAUAGUAGGCUUUGUAAAUCCUUUGAUGGAUCAAAUGAAUUAAAGGAAAACGGCAACCCCAAUGUGCUGUGUCUUCAA